AUGGGCAACGGCCCGGCGCUGGAGGCCGACUUUCCCGAUCCCACCAUCCUUCAAGACGACUACGGCAGGUGGUGGGCCUUCGCAACAAACAGCGGCGGCAGACAAGUGCAGGUCGCCACAGCUAACAGCGUCUAUGGCGAUUGGAAAUUAUUGGACACGGACAUGCUCCCAGUAUCGCCAUCCUGGGCCACGGGCGCGAACACAUGGGCGCCGGAUGUCCGGCAACUGAGCGACGGCACGUACGUCAUGUACUUCAGCGGCGAGGCCAAAGCAGACCCAGCGCACCACUGCGUCGGCUUCGCGACAUCCGCCUCCAUAUCCGGGCCGUACACGCCCUCCGAUGAGCCCUUCGCCUGCGACCUCUCCGUUGGCGGCGCCAUCGACCCCUCCGGCUUCGUGGACGACGACGGGCGCCGCUACGUCGCGUACAAGGUCGACGGCAACAGCAUCGGCAACGGCGGCCUCUGCAACAACGGCAUCGCGCCCUUAGUAGACACGCCCAUCAUCCUGCAGGAAGUAGAUCAGGACGGCGUGACGAAGAUCGGGGACCCCGUCACGAUCCUUGACCGCACCGACGCCGACGGCCCGCUCGUCGAGGCGCCGAGCAUCAUGCUCACCGACGACGGCGUGUACGUACUCUUUUUUAGCAGCGGGUGCUUUACCGAUCCCACGUACAACGUCAACUAUGCGACGGCGAGCAGUGUCGCGGGACCGUAUACCCGCGCCUUCACGCCUGUCGUCGUUAGUGGCCAGUCCGCCCUGAUGUCGCCGGGCGGCGCUACGGGUCUGGCAUCCACGCUUGGAUGGUGGGAUCUGCCGUAUAUGGCGUUUCAUGCCAAUUGCGACCAGGGGCGGUGCAUGCACACGUCGCAGCUCAUGACGUGGGAUUUGACGGUCGCUCUGGUGUGGUGA